AUGGAUUCCCAUGAGCAUCCAAUUGACAAAGCUGGGCAGUUACAAGACGAGCGCAUGAAAGCCAACUGGAAUUUCUUUAUCACGUGGGACCAGUGGGUGCCACCAAAGUUGUGGCUGACUCCACCCCCUCAAAAAGAUGUGAUUCCUAAACCUUUUGGCCAUGAAAUAUUUGACAUGUGCCGGAGCACUGAAGCCAAUGAACUGCCAACCAUGGAGAUGCCGACCGCGACAUCAUCGGCUGGUCGACACUUUUGGGGUCAAACAUUUGACAUGUGCUGGGACACCAAGGUUGAUCUGGCACCGAUCAUGAGUGUGGAUGUGGCAAGACCUGUGGCAGCAGCAGUGGGCUAUAAAGCCAAUUUUAACAUGUGCUGGGGAGAUUUGCCAUCGGGUGGAGGUGAUGACCUUCACACUGGUGGGACCACUGCACCAGUGAUCAACUCAGUCAACUCAGGUACUGACAGUCUGGUGGAGUUGUCUGAGAGUCACUCCACUGGCACUCAGGCUUACUACAAAAUGGGUUUUGGCCAUGGCUUGCCAGAUACAUCUCCAGCACUGAGAGACGGCUCACCAAGUGUCAUGUUUGAGACAACUGAGGAUUUGCUGUACCAAGCAACUCUGAGGCUGGAAAGCAUCAACACUUUGAUGAGAGAUGAACAAGGACACACCUUGGCCAUUGAUGGUGUUGCAUCUGCAAGAGAUAUCAUAGAUGCCCACUGGGAUUUGAUAUUGGCAUAUUGGGAUGCAUGCAACCAAUUGAUUGAAACUGGCAAGGAUGUUGUCAGGAUUCAGCAUCUGAUGAACAUGCAGUGCCAGAUUGAUGAUCCACUGCAUGUGUUGCUGCUAGCAAUGAGGAAAAUGGGCAGGGGACAUUCCCAGUUCCAGUAG